GCGAGUGUGUGUGUGCGGGAGUGUGUGCGCACACGCCUCCGGGGGCUGGAGUGACACUGCAGUGGGUUUCUCCCUCGCGCCGGCCCUCCGGCUGCUCAGCCCCCCACCUGCCGCCACCGCGUUUGGGAAGCAGCUUGGCUCUUUUAUCUUCCUGAGCCUCCCUCUCCAUCCACCCCUCGCCAGUCUUACUUUUCCUUCCACCCAGGGGGCUGCAGCUGGCCACCCCUCAACCGGUGCCAACACCUAAGCCGUUUCCAGUCUCUCCUUAGCCAGUCUUUUCCACUUAUCCUUCUCUGGGGUUCCUCCACGAGCCAGUCCAAGGCUCCCCCAUCCUCGGAAAUUGUUUUGUUGGACUGCUGUACCGAGGCGUGUAAAGCUUGAGGACUUUAUUAUUAUUUUGAUUCUUUUCAUUUCCUCCCCUCUGGGCAACGGAGCAAUGAAAUUUCCAAUCGAGACUCCAAGAAAACAGGUGAACUGGGAUCCUAAAGUGGCCGUUCCGGCAGCAGCGCCCCCCGUGUGCCAGCCCAAGGGGGCCACUAACGGGCACUACGCUGCCCCACGCCUCUCCAUCUCCUCCCGAGCCACGGUGGUAGCCAGGAUGGAAGGCGCCUCCCAGGGGGGCUUGCAGACCGUCAUGAAGUGGAAAACAGUCGUCGCAAUCUUUGUGGUCGUGGUGGUCUACCUCGUCACCGGCGGUCUGGUCUUCCGAGCAUUGGAGCAGCCCUUCGAGAGCAGCCAGAAGAAUACCAUUGCCUUGGAGAAGGCGGAGUUCCUGCGGGAUCAUAUCUGCGUGAGCCCACAGGAGCUGGAGACGCUGAUCCAGCAUGCCCUUGACGCUGACAACGCAGGAGUAAGUCCGAUAGGAAACUCUUCCAACAACAGCAGUCACUGGGACCUUGGAAGUGCCUUUUUCUUUGCUGGGACUGUCAUCACCACCAUAGGGUAUGGGAAUAUUGCUCCAAGCACCGAAGGAGGCAAAAUCUUUUGUAUUUUAUAUGCCAUCUUUGGAAUUCCGCUCUUUGGUUUCUUAUUGGCUGGAAUUGGAGACCAACUUGGAACCAUCUUUGGGAAGAGCAUUGCAAGAGUGGAGAAGGUCUUUCGAAAAAAGCAAGUGAGCCAGACCAAGAUCCGGGUCAUCUCAACCAUCCUGUUCAUCUUGGCCGGCUGUAUUGUAUUUGUGACGAUUCCUGCUGUCAUUUUCAAAUAUAUCGAGGGGUGGACCACCUUGGAGUCCAUUUACUUUGUGGUGGUCACCCUCACCACGGUGGGCUUUGGUGACUUUGUGGCAGGGGGAAAUGCCGGCAUCAAUUACCGGGAGUGGUAUAAGCCCCUAGUGUGGUUUUGGAUCCUUGUUGGCCUGGCCUACUUUGCAGCUGUCCUCAGUAUGAUCGGAGAUUGGCUACGGGUUCUAUCCAAAAAGACAAAAGAAGAGGUCGGUGAAAUCAAGGCCCACGCGGCCGAGUGGAAGGCCAACGUGACGGCCGAGUUCCGAGAGACGCGGCGGCGGCUCAGCGUGGAGAUCCACGACAAGCUGCAGCGGGCCGCCACCAUCCGCAGCAUGGAGCGCCGGCGCCUGGGCCUGGACCAAAGGGCCCACUCGCUGGACAUGCUCUCCCCAGAGAAGCGCUCUGUCUUCGCCGCUCUGGACACGGGCCGCUUCAAGGCCUCAUCCCAGGAGAGCAUCAACAAUCGGCCCAACAACCUGCGCCUCAAGGGCUCCGAGCAGCUGAACAAACACGGGCAGGGGGCCUCCGAGGACAACAUCAUCAACAAGUUCGGGUCCACCUCCAAACUCACCAAGAGGAAAAACAAGGACCUCAAAAAGACCUUGCCCGAGGACGUUCACAAAAUCUACAAGACCUUCCGGAAUUACUCCCUGGACGAAGAGAAGAAGGAGGAGGAGACGGAGAAGAUGUGUAACUCAGACCACUCCAGCACCGCCAUGCUGACUGAGUGCGUCCAGCAGCAGGCCGGGAUGGAGAAUGGAAUGGUCCCCACGGACACCAAAGACAGGGAACUUGAGAACAAUGCAUUACUUGAAGACAGAAACUAAAUGCUGAGGACCUAGGACUUGACCAAGCGUUGUGUUUGUUUUUUUUUUUUUACAUUCACCCUGAGACACGUGCCUUAAACAGACUUCUCGUUAGUCCGAAAUUACAUAGCAUUGAAGAAUAUAUUUCACUGUGCCAUAAAUGACGGAGAAAGAUCGCUCUGCCAAAAGGAAUCAAAGAAUAAGGACCGCACUUCCGACAGGGACCGCGGGACACGCCGGGAGUGUUCGCACACGCAAGAGGUCGUGGCCACAAAAGUUAAGGGCAGGUGUGGGACGGUGCUGCACCCCCAGCGUGGCGCCGCCUGGGCCUGGUGUGGAGAAAGGGCAGCUAUUCCUUAGACCAGCCUUCUGGAAGGAACAGGUGUGUCUUUUACAUGGAGCCUCGUUUCCUGAACCUACUGUUAGAGAUAUGCACACACACAGAAGGGGACCGGAUGGGGGAUGAACUAGUACCUGCAAUGAGGGUUCGAGCUGACAUUGUGGCAUGUUGCUCUGAGCUUGAAUUUUGAUACACAUCCUUCAGUGCACACCUAGUCUUUCUAAGCUCCAAAUGAGUGUCCAUGGGACCCGGGAGCACGUGGAAUUUGUGGGAAACAGAUCAGAGCACACGUAUUAAAAGGUGCAAUUGCUUUCCUCAUUACAAAAGAAAAAAAAUCACAAAUGCAUCACACUGUGGAUAUCACCUUAACCAAUGACAGAAGCCUACUGAAUUUUGUCUAUCGACAAAUGACAAAUGAACUUGCAAGCAUUGGCGAAAACUCAACCUCAUUCGCUGCAUGGUUAUAGGCAAAAA